UCCGCGAUAUUUUGAAAUCGGGGCUCCGGAGUUGAAUUGGGGUACCGCGAUAUUGAAAAAAAUUCGUUCAUUCCUUAGACAUUGACAAGUGUAAGGAGGUCGCGCUGGUCUGUCAUCAAGAUGCAUAUUGUAAAAUUACUGUAGGAUCGAAUUAAUGUAAUUGUGAGCUUGGAUACACUGGUGAUGGAAUGUCUUGUAGUGAUAUUGACGAGUGUAAGAUAGGCUCCGAUGUAUGUCAUCAAGAGGCUGAGUGUAAAAAUACUUUGGGGUCAUUUUCAUGUGAUUGUAAGCCUGGAUACACUGGCGAUGGAAAGAUUUGUUAUGAUAUUGACGAGUGUAAGGAAGGCUCCCAUGUAUGUCACCAAGGGGCUGAGUGUAAAAAUACUCUGGGGUCAUAUUCGUGUAAUUGUAAGCCUGGAUACACUGGUGAUGGGAAGUCUUCCAGUGAAAAAUCAGCAAAUUCAGAAAAGUCAGCAACUGUACUUGGAUUUGUCUUGGCUAACGUUAGCGUCAUUCUUAUCGUCGUACUUGUUGUUGUAUUUUUACUUCGCAAGAGACGAUGUCAUCGACGUCAGGCUGCAGAUGACGUAGUUGAAAUGCAAUCAGGACCAGAAACAUUGCAAAGUAAUCAGGGACAAAAUCAUGGGCCAACACCAGGACCAACACCUAAUGAACAGAAUUGCACACAAACUAAUGCCGAUACUCAGGGGUCUUAG